AACAGUCGACAUUCCAAAGGGGAAGAAGAUGGAGCGUCCAACACUGGAAAAUCAAAGUGCAGCUAAUUACUGCACCCAACGGCACAUCACCGAGGAGGAGUUCCAAAAUUUUAUGCAGCGAGUUACAGAAGUCGAGAAAAUCGUGAAGAAGUUGGCGUCGUCUGAUGUUAAUGAGCAGAAGACGGGGGAAUUAUUGGCUGAUAAUAUUCUCAAAUCUAAUGAAAGUGCGGUAGCAUGCAAUUUAUCAGGGAAAGAGGAGCUGAAGGUAAAGACUGAUCGCACACUCAUAAAUAAAUAUUCGAGCAGUGAAGAUACCGACCCCAAUAGAAUGUCGAGAGAGGCAUUUAUGAAAACAAUGGAGAGAGACGCUCAAGAACGUGCCGAGGACAGAAAGAAGAGAAACGAGAGGGCCGACACCUACAAGAGAAUCGGUAAUGGGGCGUUUGAUAGUGGUGAUUAUGAGAAAGCUGUUACUUAUUAUGGAAAGGCUAUUGAGCAGAGAAAAGACUCAACAGUCAUUUGGAAUAAUCGUGCACUCUCCUUCAUGAGGCUGGGGCUAUACGAAAAAGCCCUGCAGGACUGCGAAUGGGCCCUGAAGGUCAAUGAUUCCAAUAUAAAAGCACUUCUAAACAGUGCCAAGUGUUACGCUUAUUUGGGAAAUCAUCAGAAGAGAGACGAGUUUAUCAAACUUUCCAAGGAAAGAAUCCCUCGAUUCUCUAAAUACAUUGAAGAUUUCGAAAAAGCGUUGAAAGAAAAUCCAAACGAUGGCGCACAGGACGAAGAAUCAAUCGUUUAACAAUGUAAUUAGAGAGAGUUAAUUAUAAAUAUUUGUAUUUACAAAUUAUUCAGUAGUUUGACAAUAAAGCCAUGACUUAUGAAUGCGCAUAAAAAA